AUGCUGACCAUAAAGCUGCCGCAGAUCUUCAGGGUCCACCAGGUGCCUCGGAUCUUCUGGGAGGAUGGGAUCAUGUCAGGGUACCGGCACCCCAAGAGCUCAGCCCUUGACUGUGUCCUCAGCUCCUUCCAGAUGACUAACGAGACAGUCAACAUCUGGACACACUUCCUACCCACCUGGUAUUUCGUGUGGCGCUUCCUGGUCCUCUCAUCCUCCCUGGACUUCUGCCAGGAGCCCUACCACUGGCCCCUGCUCAUCUACCUGCUGCUCGUCUGCCUCUACCCCUUCGCCUCCAGCUGCGCCCACACCUUCAGCUCAUGUCGCUCCAUGUCGGCGCGUGCCCGCCAUAUCUGCUACUUCUGCGACUACGGAGCCCUCAGCCUCUACAGCCUGGGCUGUGCCUUUGCCUAUGGUGCCUACGCGAUGCCGGACCACUGGGUCAGCGGCGUUUUGCAUCGGUAUUUUGUCCCGGCGGCUGCUUUGAAUUCCUUCGUCUGCACCGGCCUCUCCUGCUACUCCCGGUAUGUUCUGGGCAAAAGCCCCAGCGCUGCAGGGAUCCUAUAA